CCGGCUCCUCGGCCGGCAGCAAAGGGCAGCAGCCGCGAUCCGCCUCGGCCGGGCCCGCCGCGGGGGAGUCUAAGCCCAAAGGCGAUGGAAAGAAUGCGAGUGGAUCCAAACAGCGUUAUAAUCGUAAAAGAGAAACUUCGUAUUCAAAAAAUGAGAACUUUUCCAGUCAGUCCCGUCGCUCCAAUUCACAGAAAAGCAAAGCUUUUAACAAGAUGCCUCCUCAAAGGGGAGGUAGCGGCGGAAGUGGCAAACUUUUUAGCUCUUGUAAUGGUGGAAGACGAGAUGAGGUAGCAGAGGCUCAGCGGGCAGAGUUCAGCCCUGCCCAAUUCUCUGGUCCCAAGAAGAUUAAUCUGAACCACUUACUGAACUUCACUUUUGAACCCCGUGGCCAAGCAGGCCAUUUUGAUGGGAAUGGACACGGCAACUGGGGGAAAAGGAACAAGUGGGGACAUAAGCCUUUCAACAAGGAGCUCUUCCUACAGGCCAACUGCCAGUUUGUUGUCUCUGAAGAACAGGACUACACAGUCCACUUUGCUGAUCCAGAUACCUUGGUCAACUGGGACUUUGUGGAGCAAGUGCGAAUCUGUAGCCAUGAAGUGCCCUCUUGCCCAAUAUGUCUGUACCCACCUACUGCAGCAAAGAUCACCCGCUGCGGGCAUAUCUUUUGUUGGGCGUGUAUCCUUCACUAUCUCUCCUUGAGUGAAAAGACCUGGAGUAAAUGCCCUAUUUGUUACAGCUCUGUUCACAAGAAGGAUCUCAAGAGUGUUGUUGCUAUGGAAACACGUCAAUAUGCAAUUGGUGAUACCAUUACAAUGCAACUUAUGAGAAGAGAGAAAGGUGUUCUGAUAGCACUGCCCAAAUCUCAGUGGAUGAAUGUGGUGCAGCCGGUUUACAUCAGAGAUGACCAGCACAGUCAGUAUUCAAAGCUGCUUCUGGCAUCCAGAGAACAGGUCUUGCAGCUGGUGAUUCUGGAGGAGAAAGCGGCAUUACUAAAACAGUAUGAGGAAGAAAAACACACCCCAGAGGCUUGCUUUAUCGAGGCGGCUAUCCAGGAACUGAAGGAGCGAGAAACAGCACUCUCUGCUGACCAGGAUAAAAACAAUGGCAUUGCUGGAAUCAGUGCAGCUGUGGAAGAAUUGGUCCUAGAAAGCUCCCAGGCUCUGGAGCCUGCAGUUUCCCAAGGGAAGAAGUGUGGUGUGGAAUAUCUGUCUGCAUUUGAUGAGGAGCUUGUGGAGCCUUGCUCAGAUCUGGCAAGUUCCUUUUUGCCUCCUGUGGAAGCAGAAGAGGUAGUGCUGGAUGAAGACGAGGUACCUGACGUGGGCACUGUAGGGGAAUCUGAUAACAACACUACAGAAGAACCAAAUCCAACUGAAACAAGCUACCAAGAAUCUAAAGAUCCAAUUAGCAGUGGACAUCUUAGCAACUCUCCGUUUUACUAUUUCUAUCAAGCGGAGGAUGGACAGUGUAUGUAUCUUCACCCUGUGAAUGUUCGAUGUCUUGUUCGUGAAUAUGGCAGCUUGGAGAAGAGUCCGGAGAAGAUAACUGCAGCUGUAGUGGAGAUAACUGGCUACUCAAUGACAGAGGAUAUAAGACAGCGUCAUCGUUACCUCUGUCACUUGCCUCUCACGUGUGAGUUCAGCAUUUGUGAACUGGCUCUGAAGCCACCCAUCAUCUCUAAGGAGACUUUAGAGUUAUUUUCAGAUGACCUUGAAAAGAGGAAACGUCUACGGCAGAAGAAAGCUCGUGAUGAACGACGACGUGAACGCAGAAUUGAGAUAGAAGAAAACAAGAAACAAGGCAAAUAUCCAGAGGUCCAUAUUGCUUUAGAGAAUCUGCAGCAGUUCCCUGCUUUUACCUCUUGCCCCGGAGAAACUACCAGCAUUGAUCAUCAGAGCUUCUGUCUGUCUCCUCUUGGCAGAAGCCCUGUGUUUCAGACAGAGUCUGUCCCAACUUUGCUGUCACCUGCUGCCAGCCAGGUCAGCCUGUCGCUCUGUGGAAGUUUAGAAGAAGAGUCUCGCUUCCCUUCCUUUGCCCAGAUGUUGAGAGUCGGAAAGGCAAAAUCAGAAACAUGGCCCAAACCUGCUCCAAAGACAAGAGAUGAGAACGCUCUGGCACUCCCUGUGCCGGUGGACAGUGAUGGAGAAAGCGACAGCCCUGACCGCAUACCUGUGCCCAGCUUCCAGAAUUCCUUCAGCCAAGCUAUUGAGGCAGCCCUGCUGAAACUGGACAAACCAUCCACAGCUGAUCAUUUAGCAGAGGAAAAGGGAGGCAAGAAAAGAAAGAAACAGAAGCAGAAGCUACUGUUCAGCACCUCUGUUGUUCACACAAAGUGAUUCUACUAUUCAAGAGAAGUUUCCUCUCCUGGUUUUCUUUUUAUUUUGCUUUGUUUUGCUGCUAUAGUUUAAGUAUUUAAAUUUGAACAGACUAAACUUGUGUUUCCAGGGCUUCUAGGGGGUUCAGGAGGAAACCAUGACAGUGUAUGUUGAAGUAAGAUCUUUUGAUUCCAACUGCUUGAUCAGUUUAUACUGAAACAAAGUUUUGAAAGAAACAAUCCAGAGACAAAUCAGCCAAGGCUUCUAGUCUGUGCCAAGUCAGUUCUUUUGGCCUAAUAAGCAGUAUGAAAGUCUCUACAGCUGUGUGGCACUGGCAGAAUACUGCAGUAUUACCUAAGUGGAAAGCCUAUAGGCAGAGCGCCUUUAUUUUGCUGGAAGUAUUUAUGGGCAGAAGUCCAUCUGACUGUGACAGUAGUGCUGUUUCAGUAAAGCUGUUAAACCGCUCUCUGGCGAAACUGGUUUCCGCUGCACUGGAAAUGGGCAAAAGAACUUCCUGGCUUUAGAGUGUUAGCUGCUAUAUCUGUUCUUUUUCUAAAGAGCAAGAAUUCCUCCUGUUCUCCUGGCUUGGAAAGAUUUAAAGCUGAGGUGAGUGUAAAGCAGAACUUGGCUACUUGGUUUUGAAGUGACUCUUGAUGAAUUUGUGUAUUUCAAAAUGCAUACUGGUACUAGUGGUAGAAGGAACCUCCUGGCUUCUCUCAGUUGUUC